AUGGUGGAAUUUGCAUUCAGUAAAAAUUUGGAAUUGAGUUGUAUUGUUGAUAAAACCCAUCUAGUUCACAGAUGUGCUUUAGAGAAGGUGGUGAGACUGUGUCAGAACCCCAAAGUAGGGCUAAAGAACAGCCCUCCCUACAUUCUGGAUCUGUUGCCUGACACUUACCAGCAUCUGCGCCUGAUCCUGACUCGAUAUGAGGGAAAGAUGGAAGUCCUUGGCGAGAAUGAAUAUUUCAGAGUCUUCAUGGAGAACCUGCUUAAGAAGACAAAACAGACCAUUAGCCUUUUCAAAGAAGGGAAAGAGAAAAUGUAUGAGGAAACCUCACAGCCAAGGCGACAUCUGACCAAAUUGUCACUGAUAUUCAGUCAUAUGUUGGCAGAGCUGAAAGCUAUAUUCCAAAACGGAGUGUUCCAGGGGGACACUUUCAGGAUCACAAAAGCAGAUGCAGCAGAUUUCUGGAGGAAAGUGUUUGGAGAAAAUUCUUAA